AUGUUACUAACAUACCAAUCCCAUCUAUACAAAUCGCAGCUUGCUUCGCUGAGCAGUGAAAAGCUGAACAACACUCGGCACUCCCGACUGGAGGUGCUCUUCUUCAAUCGUGGAGCCAAAGUUGGAAGUGAAGCGCUGAUGGAACUCACCCAAACCAUGGCUCCCCACAAUAACAUGACGGUGGUUACCAAAGGACCAAUGGAAAUUAAGUCCCGCACCCGGUCUCCUAAAGAGCAAAUGAUACAGGCUAUUUGGGUGACCGAGUUGGAGCCAGGGACCAUAUACAUAGAGCAUUGCAAUUGGUUGGAUUUCCGCAGAUAUCAGCUACCAAGACCCAUCUACAUCAACUUGGUUCGCGAUCCCGUGGAGCGGGUGAUCAGUUGGUAUUACUACGUUCGUAGUGCAUAUCGCAAUGCCAUUCACCAUCGGCGAUUUCCCAACGCAACAAUUAAAUCGGAGAAGUGGUUCAAAAAGAGCUACAACGAUUGUGUUCGCAGUGGUGACCCCGAGUGUCAGUACGUGCCUGGAAGCAUUAGAGAUUCGGAGGGUAAUUAUAAAAGACAAACCCUGUUCUUCUGCGGUCACGACAGGGAGUGUCUACCCUUCGACUCUCAACGCGCCAUUCAACUAGCCAAAUUGCAUGUGGAGCGCGAUUAUGCAGUCGUAGGAACGUGGGAGGAGACCAACAUAACUCUGACGGUAUUCGAAGCGUACAUACCGAGGUUCUUCAAGGGAGUCAGGAAUAUCUUUGAGUUGCACAGCAAAAGCAUCCGAAAUCGGAAUCGCAAUAAUCGCAAGCCCCACAUAGAUGCGGAUGUCAGGGAGAUGGUAAGACGAAACUUUACCAACGAAUAUGAGUUCUACUACUUCUGCAAGCAGCGUUUGUAUAAGCAAUAUUUGGCCCUCCAAUUCGAGAAUAAUCUUCACUAAAUGGUCUUGAUUGCAAUACCCCAAAUAAAGAACUUGAACAUAGUUAAGUAAGAAGUGCGUUUUUAUAAACAAGAAUAAACCAAUCCUUAGGGACUGUUCCUAUUGAAUUGAGCUAUUUUAUUCGUACAGGGUCGCUAAAAAAAAGUUCCCCCAAGUUAUUCCUAUUUUACCCCAUUUGUCCUGAAUAGUUUCCCAUUCCCCCAAAUGCAUAUCAAACACCAAGGAUUUGAAGGUAAAUUACAUGAUACACUUAAAUUGAACCCUAUUUACAUUGAUAUUAUUUCUAAUAACUUUCUGUAUAUCCU